CUUGACAACGUCAAUGUUACUUUUAUUCAAAUGUAUAGUUCCACAGAAAACAUUCCCAAACCCAAUCCCAAAUUAAAUGCUAAUUGUUUUUCACAUAUAUGUUUCGGUUAUACGAUACCAACCUUUCGACAUGGAUGGAAAAAGGGCUUUUCUGAAGACGAAUUAUAUGAAGUUAUGCCCGAAUUUAGAUCGGCACUACUCGGAGAUAAAUUGGAAGCUGCGUGGAACAUUGAAUUAACAAAAGAUAAACCAUCGCUGUUUCGAGCUUUGAAAAAAACCUAUUUUAGGUAUUUUCUUCGUUUUUGUUUUAUAUUAAUUAUGGUACAAUUAGUAAGAAUAAGUCAAGCUAUAUCUUUGUAUUAUUUAAUGAAAUAUUUCGAAGAGGGACAAACUGAACUUACUAAAGGCCAUGGAUAUCUAUGCGCCACGUGCAUUGUGCUACCAUCAAUUUUUAAUGUAAUAUGCAUGCACAGUUAUAUGUUGAGUUUGCAGCAAUUGGGCAUGAUGGCCCGCAUUGGUUGUUGCUCGUUGAUAUACCGGAAAAGUUUGCGUUUAAGCCGAAAGGCACUUGAAGAUGCCACAGUUGGUCAAAUGGUGAAUUUAAUUUCGAACGAUGUGAAUCGUUUUGAUUAUGUUUGUUUGCAUAUCCCUUACAUUUUUGACAUUCCUGUGGAAGUGGUUGUAGCAUUAGUUCUGCUUUAUUACUUUGCUUCCAUCCAUCCGUUCGCUGGAGUAGCGCUAUUCGUUUUAUUGAUUCCACUACAAAUUCUUUUGGGCAGUUUGUUUUCACGCAUUCGAGGGAAAACUGCGAUUAGAACUGAUGUACGGGUGAGAUUAAUGAACGAAGUGUUAGCUGGUAUUGAAGUCAUCAAGAUGCACACGUGGGAGCAAUCUUUUGCCGAUUUAGUUUCGGAUGCCAGAAGGAAAGAAAUUCGACAAAUAAGAUGGUCGUGUUAUGUCAAGUCGUUGCUAUUGUCAUUAACAAUAAUCACAAGUCGGGUGGCCGUCUUCCUUGCUCUCUUAAUCUACGUAAAUAGUGGAUUCAAACUGAGUGCACAAUACGUGUUUCUGGUCGUUGCUUUAUUUGGCGUGCUGCGACAAAGCAUGACCAUCGCGUUGCCAAAUGCAAUUUCGCAAAUGGCGGAGACCCGAAUUAGCCUUCACCGAUUAGAAGCUUUCCUAUUAAGCGAAGAGAUGUGGUCCCCAUCCCGAAAGUCUAGUGUCGUUUGGAAGGAAAGCAAUGAAGGUAUGCCCGAAGAAGUACACAUUUCACUUAAGGACGUUUCGGCAAAAUGGGCACAUUCGCAAAGCGAUAAUGUUCUGACUGAUGUUAGCUUUGAAAUGGGAAAAAGUGACAUGAUGGCUGUUAUUGGUAUGGUUGGCAGUGGCAAAUCUAGUCUACUCAAUUUAUUACUAAAGGAACUUCCAAUUAUUUCCGGAAAGUUGGACGUUGUUGGUGUCAUAUCCUAUGCUGCGCAGGAACCGUGGUUAUUUGUCGGUUCAAUUAAACAGAAUAUUCUUUUUGGUCAAGAGUACAAUCAUAGUAGAUACAAUCAAGUUUUGACGGUGUGUGCGUUGAAGCGUGACUUAAGUUUGCUUCCAUAUGGUGAUGAUACCAUCAUUGGCGAACGAGGCGUAAGCUUAAGCGGAGGCCAACGGGCGAGAGUUAACUUAGCUCGAGCGAUUUACAAAGAAGCAGAUAUUUAUUUAUUGGAUGAUCCAUUAUCAGCUGUUGAUACCAAAGUAGGAAAUGUCAUUUUCGAUGAUUGUAUUAUGGAAUUUCUACAAGGCAAAUGUGUCAUCCUAGCUACCCAUCAACUGCAAUAUCUUCGUGAAGUUUCUAUGAUUAUGGUCCUACAGUUAGGACGGGUGAGUUUCUUAGGCGAUUAUGAUGUUAUGGUCGAAAACAAACCAGAAUUAGUCAGUCGUUUGGAAGAUAAAGUGGAUACAACAGGCCAAGAGCGCACUAAACAACAAUACGACCUGGAUGUAGCUCUUCCCGAUUGGAGGACCACCACGCAAGUAGCAAAGGAAGCCUAUGGAACUGGUGCAGUCAAUCGAAAAAUAUACAGAGCUUAUAUGCAAGCCGGCGGCAGUUGUAUCGUACUAUUUAUCUUGGGAGUGUUAUUUAUCUUUACCCAAAUUUUAGCCAGCGCGUGCGAUUUUUACAUCUCGUUCUGGGUUAACGUGGAGACAAUUCGCGCUUCUGGUACAUCCGACGUUGACGAGUUUGGAUUUAAGUUGCAAACAACCAGAGCGUACAUUUCGUAUUAUUCAAUUUUAAUGUUGCUCACCGUUAUAACAACACUGGUUCGUUCUCUUGCAUUUUUUUCUAUGUGCAUGCAUGCGUCAAUCCAAUUGCACAAAAAAAUGUUUUACGCCGUGGUGAACGCGCCGAUGUCAUUUUUUAACAAGCAGGCAUCUGGACGCAUUUUAAAUCGGUUUGCGAAAGAUAUGGGUACCAUUGAUGAUCAAUUCCCAUAUGUUACACUGGAUACAUUUCAGAUAGGACUAAGCGUUUUAGGAAUUAUUGUGGUGACUGUAGUGGUAAACCCUUUUUUGGUGGUCCCAAUGGCGGUCAUUUUAAUUGUAUUUUAUUUUUUGCGGAUCUACUAUUUGCAUACGAGCAGAAAUCUUAAACGACUUGAAGGUAUUACUAGAAGUCCAGUUUUUACGCAUCUUAAUACAACAAUGCAAGGUCUUUCCACUAUCAGAGCUUUUAAAACAGAAGUGAAAUCAAGAGAAGAAUUUGACGCAUAUCAAGACAUUCACUCGUCUGCAUGGGACAUGUUUCUCGUGACGUCCAGAGCAUUUGGUUUUGUAUUGGAUAUAAUAUGUUGUGUCUAUAUAUCAAUUGUGGUUUUUGGCUUUUUAACCAUUUUUAGUGAUCUUACGUAUGGGGCAAAUGUUGGCUUGGCCAUCACUCAAGCAUUAAUGCUUACGGGCAUGUUUCAAUGGGGCAUGCGACAGUGGAGUGAAAUGGACAAUAAUAUGACUUCAGUAGAAAGAGUUUACGAGUACACUAAAAUUGAGCCGGAGAAAAGUGCAAAACCAAGUACCAAUCCACCUCCGUACUGGCCGCUAACGGGAGCAAUAGAAUUUCACCAUGUUUAUCUGAAAUAUGGCCGUUCUGAGCCGUACGUCUUGCGUGAUCUCACAUUCAAAGUUAAGCCCAAUCAAAAAAUUGGCAUUGUUGGCCGAACCGGUGCUGGGAAAUCGUCAAUUAUAGCAUCACUAUUUCAACUUGCUGAUACUGAAGGACAGAUUAUAGUCGAUAAUAUAGAUAUUCAGACAAUUCCAUUGAAGAGUUUACGUUCCAAGAUUGCUAUCAUCCCACAAGAACCGGUUUUAUUUGCGGGGACGCUAAGAAAAAACUUAGAUCCGUUUGAGGAACAUUCCGAUACGCUGCUUUGGAAAGCAUUGGAGGAUGUCGCAUUAUUACCGACUGUGUUAAAACUUCCUUCUGGGUUAGCAUCAAUAAUUUACGAGGGAGGCGCAAAUUUUAGCGUCGGACAAAGGCAACUUUUGUGCUUAGCUCGGGCGAUAGUUCGCAGUAAUCGAAUUCUUGUUUUGGAUGAAGCCACUGCCAAUGUUGAUCCUCAAACAGAUGAUUUAAUACAAACAACUAUCAGAGAAAAAUUUCGUUUUUGUACAGUUUUGACGAUUGCGCAUAGACUGCACACGAUUUUGGAUGCAGAUAAAGUAUUGGUUAUGGAGGGCGGGAGAGCGAAGGAGUUUGGUUACUCUUAUGUACUCCUACAGGACACACAAGGAAUCUUUUAUUCGUUGGUGCAGAGUUCUGGACCACGACUACGAGAUGAAAUCUUACAAAUUACCAAAGAGAAUUAUUUCAUGCGUAAAGAGAAAGGACUAGAUAAUCCACCCAAACCUUUAGAUUCCGAAGAUUUAUUGGGAGGAAGAUAUAUAGAUGCGGAAAGCAGUAAUAUUAUUUCUGGCACAAGCACCAACAUACAAUCCAAGCCAUCUAAUCGUUUGAAAUAUAAAACUUUACAGGAAAAACAUGAAGAUACAGAUAAAACACCCAGUAAUACGGAAUCUGAAACAAGUAGCACUCUGUUGUAAUAUUAUUGUAUUUUAUCUCUUAAUCUAUAAUUAUCAUUGAAGGGCGUGUAGGUAUUUAAUUAUUUUAACUUUGUUUCUUAACAAACUGAUUUGUAUUGUAAGUUGCCUAUGGUAAAAUCCCAGUAUCUAAAUGAAAUGGGUGGUUUCAUAACAGAACAAAACAAAUGAUAGUAGUUUAACAAAGGAAAUGUACGUUAGUAGUAAUAUUUGCAUAAUGUACUUAUACUAGUGAAAUAGAGUGAAACUGCGAGUAUGUCUACAUUGAA